ACCCAGUUUCCCUACGAUCCAUACCGCGAACUUCAGUUCAAUUUUUGAACACAAGGAAUGAUCCCUGAAAAAAAGGGAUACCGACAAAGCAGCGAGGAAUCACGUAUGCUGCCAUCUACCACAAUGCCCUAGACUGCCAACGGCACUACUUUCUGCACAGUAAGCCAACUGCAUAGCAAGCUCUGCUGAAUAGUGAACGGAUUCGGAUGGAAAUCCUGCAGGAAGCCGGCCGAAGCGAGGUCGAUCUUGUAAAUAUGGUCGUUAGUUUUGUUCAUGCUCACCACCUCUGAAUUCUCAAGCAGAACAAUGACACCGUGCCGAUAAAAAGCAAGAUAUAGUGUUUCUUUUUAAACCUCCACUGAAGACGCCAGGAAAGCACAGAUUUUAAGGUACCCCUGAGAAGCUUGGGAUCAAGAGGUCAAAGCUCACCGCCGUACCUGCUGGGAUUUCCUAGAGUCUGAUUUAUUAGGGCUUUGCGCCGUCAAACAUAUUUAUACUCCCCAGCAUUUCGGGAGAUUUCAGCGAGAAAGGAAGCGUUAAGCGGACGCGAAACACACGGCGCUUUACCUGGGCUCACCUGGCUAGAUUAGCAGCUCUAUCGCUGAUAACCCGCCAGUCAUAGGAAAGUUGACUCUUUCAAAAGUUUAAAAUCUUGAGAAAAGAGCACUGUUUUUACAACAAGAAAGGAGAAUUGUGAGGAUAUGGUUGUGUGAUCAAGAGAUCGUGUGGUAAUUAACGAACCUCUCUUGACGACCAGGGGAAAGCUCACACUGCAGUGUUCAGAGAGGAGAAAGCAACGGAGAAAAGAUAUGAAAUGAGACUUGGAACCUCGACACAACGGAGGCUUGCUUCAAUUAAAAACACAAAAUACGGAAUAUCUUUCGGAUUGGCCAAAUUCGUUUUAAUAGACAACUUAUUCAAUAAUUCAAGUUGUUGGAGCUGCAGCCCAUUCGAAAAUUGAACAGAGUGUUUUGAUUUUCCAGGAAGAGUGAAAACACACACAAAAAAACUUGUAGUUGCUUUUAGUAGUGUGUCAUUUUUAAAGAGCAAACAUGGCCGAUGUCGCCCAGUUGGAUGUGCAAGUAGCGGAAACAGACGAUGAAAACGCAGAGUUGAACAAUUCACCAAAACCAGAACCCGAAACCGUCAAAAAAGAUGAGGAAAAGGUGAACAUAGAAACCCCCAAAAGUGAUGAAACAAAGCAAGUGCCCUCCAGGGGGUCGAUUCCUGCACAGGCAACCCAGCCAAAUCCAGUACGUGACGCGCGCAGACUGGAAGUUCUUCGAGUUGAGGAAAAACAAGGACCUUUUAGAAGUGCCAUUCCUUCUAUGCCUCUUCCAUUAGCUAUAAUUCUGUGUAUACUAAACGUCGUGGCACCUGGAAUUGGCACUCUCAUCUCUUCCUUCACCGUCUUCUGCGGCUGUCAGACCCGGUCCUCCAAGCCGAUUUUCGCCUUCUUCUACAACCUCCUGGCUGCCUUGCUCCAGCUGGCGACCACUAUCAUCAUAGUCGGCUGGAUAUGGAGCAUAUUGUGGGGAAUGACCAUGGUGCAAAUUGCAGAUCGCCCAGCUGAGGCCCCUGGACUCCCUACAUAUGUUCGGCGACAAACGAGUGUGGAUAUAGAUGCUUUGUAUUAACUCUGCGAGAAACGAUGUCAAGAUACUGUAUAUAUUUGUACCCAAGGCAGACUACUCGAAGUCAACAGCGGAUGCAAGCACGUAUAUUAUAAGAUGCGAGCAUUCCUCCGGCGAAUUUCCAAAGAAAUAUGGAAAACAAAAGCAGAUUUCUUCCCUGAACAGGAUAUUUUCGUUUCAGACCACUCUUGUUCAAUAUUCUUCUCUCACAGAUUUUUAAUAACAUUUGUGACAUUGUAAACUAAGAAAGCGGUGUUAAUUUGAAACGCGCAUUAUGCUCAAUGUAAUGUAAUUGCGAUUCCAAUCGCAGUAUUUCCAUGCAAAUAACAAAAAACCGCCGUCGUUUAUAGACAAAACAAAAGAUUUGCUUACCUGUAGACAAUCUCCAACCUUUUGUUAACAUUUUUUAAAUAUUUAUUUUGUGUAUAUUGUGUAUUGCAUGGUUUGGUAAAUUCCGGUUUGCAGACCCUAUAGACGUUUCUCUUAAAGUAAAAGGUAGGCAAAUUCUGUUUGUUUAGAUUUGUGAUUGAUUAAUUACAUGAUCACGUGCGAAAGCUCGAAUGAGUUAGGAGUGGCAAGGAAACCUGUUCAUACCUUCCAAAAUACAGAUGUUGACCAUUAGAAACGGGCUAAGAUAUAUUUUGGGGGGUAAAUGGAAGGAGUGAAGAAUGACAAUGGACAUUCUAUAGGGAAUACAAUCUUAAUCCAUUUAAAUGGAGUAUUUAACGCCGAUUUUUCGCCUACUGUAUCUUAAAGUAAUUUCAUCGAUGAAAAAUAACGCAUAAUCAUCAUUUUCAAUAUUUCUUUGACACAGAUGAAUAUAUUUAAUCACAGCUUUUAUUUACAUUUUGUACCUAACCAUGACCUUGAAAAUUCCUAAAUUAAUUCGACUCCAAAAGUUACAUUUAUACCAGCCUGAAUGUAUUGUAUUUGAAUAAAAUUUGAUUUUGUGCAUUGCAAUUAUUUUUUUAGAUCUAUAGUUAUUCCAUACUCUCAUAUGAGAAACAGAUAAGUUUCUCAAAGAAUAAAGCAACCUACGCUCCAUAAACAAAACGUGAUUUAAAUACGCCAUGGUAGAAAAAGCUUAAUAGGCCUACUGCUGUUAAUGUUGUACUAUGUACAUGUACAUGUUGUUAGUGACUUUAUGUCAACCUAUUCGAUCGAUUCUUUAUUUUAAGAUAUGGUGGAACGUACUGUAUCAAAACAAAGCUGAAUUUUAGAGAAGGCUAGACAAAAUUGAUAAAAUGGUUCAGAGCACGACCACGCCUAAUUUUGAGGAAAUCAGAUUUUUUUCGCAACUAUUUUCGAAAAAAUGCAUAAAGUUUUGGUUUGUUUAGUGUGAAAAUUUAACAAAUGAAUACAGUAAAAACAUAUUUUUAAAACGUUCAAACUGUCGAUUUGGCAUUUCCACUCCCUAAAUAAAAACGACCGACAAUAAAUUUAGCUAUUAUGCCCGUACACCGUAUGUUAGGGAAAAAAUCGACUUCCAACCC